GGAGCGUGGCCGUCCUUUCCAAGAUGGCGGCGGCCGCGGUCUCCGCGUCGUUCCUGGGCCUGGGCCCCGGCUCCCGGGAUCCCGGCGCCGCCGCCGCCGCCCGGCGCCGCUCCCGCGGGCCCCGCAACCGCAAGAAGGGCUGGAAGCGUCUGUCCGGCCCCGAGGCGCGCCUGGGCCGCGAAAUCGCCGACUUCCUCGAAGAUGUGGCGCUGCAGCAGCGGACCGCGGGGGGCCUCAUCUCGGAGCAGCCGGACGAGGGGCUCUUCUUCAUGGACACCGGGAACGCCGCCAAGGACAAGGGCCGGCGCCUGCCCCCCCAGGCCGAGGUGAAGCCGCUCCAUGUGGACCUGGUGCUCCAGUCGCGCUCCAAAGUGCCGGCGCCCAAACACGUUCUCGCCCGGCAGUUUCCCAGCUCGCGCCGCCGGAGGCGCCGCCGGGAAUCCUGGGCCGAGCAGGCGGAGAAGGGGCUGUUCCCGCGGGGGGAGCGGCGCCGGCGCCACCGGCUGUGCCGGGACAGCGCCGCCCCCCCCCGCCGGGAGAGGGGGCGCUCGGACCCCGACAGGGCCUUCUACGACCUAUGGGGGGCCCAGAACCCCCUGGAGCAGGCGCUGGUGGGGCAGGACCAGUGGUUCCUGCAGCAGACCAAGAAGCUCAAGGUCAAGCGCCCCCCCCGGCUGCAGCCGCUCCCGUCGGUCCCGGCUCUGGAGGUCAUCGACGGCGGCGGCUCCUAUAACCCGGCCUUCGGGGAGCACCAGGCGCUGCUGCUGCGGGCGCACGAGGACGAGUUGAAGAAGCAGCGGGAAGCGGAAAAGCUGGAGCGGCAGCUGCGGAUCCCGGAGGGAAUCCCGCUUCCCACCCCCGAGUCGGUGUUCCAGGAGCAGUGCGAGGGGCUGCUGGAGGAGGAGCAGGAGGAGCAGGAGCAGGAGCAGCAGGAGCAGGAAGCGGGGCCCCGGGCAGCUCGGAAGGGCCAAAGCGGGAAGAAGACGGAGCGGCAGCGGCGCCGGGAGAGGGAGGCGCGAGCGCUGGCGCAGCGGCAGCGGCGGGAGGCGGCGGCGCGGCGCGCACGGCAGGGGCUGUUCCGGCUGCGCGCGCUCCGCCGGCAGGUGGCGCUGCGGGACGCGGAGCUGCGGCGGCGGCGCCAGCGGCGGGAGGAGGCGCGGGCCCGGCGCGUGCGGCGCCUCGGGCCGCGGCGGUACGAGGAGCCGGCUCUGGACGUGCAGCUCAGCCACGAGCUCCCCGAGUCGCUGCGGGCGCUGAAGCCCGAGGGCAGCAUCCUGCGGGACCGCUUCAAGAGCUUCCAGAAGCGGAACAUGAUCGAGCCAAGGGAAAGAGCCAAGUUCAAGCGCAGGUAUCGCGUCAAGUACGUGGAGAAGAGAGCGUUCCGAGCCGUGACGCUGUAACGUGGAUCCCGGCGGAUGCAUCGACCCAAUAAACGCUUUGGCCCCACG